AACACCAUUGACAUUGAUAUGCCCACGAAAAAUUAGAAACACUGGAAAUAUAAAGUAUCUCAACAACAUAAUCUAUAUUCUUUCCCUGCUUGCUGGCCUCAGAAUCCUUCAUAGCACAGUAAAAUUAAAACUUGCAGGGAUUCACUAACAAUGGCUUCAGCCUCCACCUCCACUCUCUCUAUAUCCUCUUCAUCCACCCUUGUUGAUGCCAAAGCUCCAAGACAAUCAUCAGCUUCUUCCCCACAAUGUGUGACCCUUCCCACUCUCCCCCCUCCACCUCUGCACUCUCACACUCGUCCUUCCAAGACCACUGCCUUUUGUCGCAGGAUUGCUCGCAAUGUUAUGGCAAUGGCUACCACAAGAGAGGCACCAGCAGCAGAAGUUGCCCCAACUGAGCUCGGUGUUGGGGAGCUGCCAGAGUUUGUGAAGACUAUUCAAGAAGCUUGGGACAAAGUUGAAGAUAAAUAUGCAGUGAGUUCAUUAGCCGUAGCUGGUGUGGUUGCAUUGUGGGGCUCAGCUGGGAUGAUCUCAGCAAUCGAUAGACUCCCUUUAAUUCCUGGGAUUCUUGAGGUCGUAGGCAUUGGCUACAGUGGGUGGUUUGCUUACAAGAAACUAUUUUACAAGCCAGACAGGGAAGCUUUCCUACGGGAUAUAAAAGCAACAUAUAGCGAGAUAACUGGAAGCAGCUAAGAGAGCGAGGAAUUGCUGCAUUAUGUUGAAGAUGUAAGCAUGCUUCAUUUCGUCUCAAUAAGCUUCUGACCAUACUUUAUCCCAUGUAAUGUAAUCCAGCCUGAUAAUAAAUGUAACUUUAAUAAUAUAUUAAUCUACUUCAAGAAAAUAUCAUUUCUUCAAUAACCCCUUUGUUAUUCCAAUUUCAUUUUAUGUUCAAG